AUGUUGCGUUUUGUAAAUCGUGAAGACGUAGAUGCUGACAUAAGAAGGCAUGAAUCUGAGAGACUAGUUCCCGAACCAUCGCCUCCCAUGCCUGCAUUCGUACCUGACUACCAUGAUGACGAAAUCGGAAUGGAAGACUACUAUCUGGACACCUAUUAUCCUCUUCUUCAGCAUGAACACAAUCGUUUUCGGGGGCUCUUUGAAAUGGCCGAAGUUCCAGUAAAGCCGAGGCCGCCUCUUCCGUGCCAUGGCAACAUGUUGAUUGCUGAGAGCAACAAGUCUCAAUUCUCGGUUGGUUUUUAUGUUAUAGCCACGAUUCUGCUUCCUCUUUAACAAUAGCAAUAUGUAAGGGAAAGUUUACCUUCGGAGAUUCCUUACGAGUUUUAUAAUUUUUUUGAGGCUUCUAAAUAAGGUUUCCCAUGAAAAGCAUGCCUUUGUCAUUGGUUUUACGCAUUCCGCCGUCUGCGAUUACUUUCCUAAUAUUUUUCUUUUGAUAAAUUCAAGAUUUUGUAGUCGAAACUUCCACCCAAAUUAGAGGUUUCAAAGAUUAAAGAGAAUAACACUACGGUGGAAGGGGAUGGACACUAAAGACAUGAGCACCUUUAAAAAAGAAAGUGCGGGAGAGCCGGCCUUGAGAGAUGGGAAGGGGGCGAGCAGAAAGAGACUAGAACAAGACGAAGAAGACCCUCAGAUGCUCGAAUUGCGGCUCUUUUCUGAAAUCAAAUGGUCAAAUCGGCCACGUGCGUUGCUUAAAUUCCCAUAGUUCUAAUUUUUUCAGCAUCGAAUCCAUCGGCUUCAACCGGCGACUCCACAAGAGAUGCGGUUGAACUCAAGAAAAAGACAUGUGGUUGGCGCCUCGGCUCAAUUCGGGGUUAACACGGUCCAUCCGACGAUCCAAGCAAAGCAGAACCAGGUAAUUGUUUUCCUUAAUUUUUUCACCUCAUUCAUCAGCCGCUCUCGUUUUGCUGUCCUUAGAUAACCAUAAAUUUAUAAAAAGUGCCCUUCCCCGGCACCGACUGGUUUGUACUUGAAAUGCACUUUCGAAGCGUCUGCAGGAAGGGGGUCUUGACGUUAAAGACAAAAAAUCUGUUACCGGACUGGUGGGAAACACUCCGGCUUUGAAAGUUUAAUCACAUUUUGGCCGCGGGGAAUUAGCUUUAUCAUUCAUCCUAUUACGUUCUUAUUGUGUCGAAAGCAGAUCAAACAUUACACUUGUCCGAGCCUUUAUCAACCAUUUUUCUCGGAAAAUAAUUAUUUUUGGGUCAUCGCUGUAAACUCUCCUUGCGACCUUCCACUCCGUUAUCAAUUCUAUGAUUAUUUUUAAAUAUUUAAUCGAAGAGUAUCAAUGGCUUUCCAACAGAAUUACAAGUUUAUUAUUAGCUCGUUACACCUCCAAGCCAGUAUAUCUAACUCUCCAAAAAUGGGAGGAAUUGUUGGUUUAGUGCAGUCGAUAACGGCGGAAAAGGGGUGUGAAUGUUUUUGGCCAGAAAAGAGCCUGUGCUUCGGGAGUGUUUCGAUUCCUGAAAAAAAGACCACACGGCCGUUCGCUGAGCGUUCCACGCGAACGGCCUCACGACCCAUCGUGCCGUCUCUCUUUUCUCUCCACAAACGCUGUGCACACUUGUUUUUACCUUCUGCUUGUCAGCUGACUGACCAUCCAAAAGCGCUCCUUCUUUUCUCGGUCCUACGGGCGUUUUUGGGGGCAUUUUCUUCUUGUUUUCCGAACAUUUGAAACUCCACAUACCAAAACGGUUCGGAUUAUCCGUAACGAAUCUUUAAAAUACUCAAAUAAAUGUUGAAAGUUGUUCUUUCAAUGCGAAAAAGGUACUCCUUCAUGUCCACUUUCCAGUCAAAAAACAUUCGUUGAUGCGUGAUUUAUUCUGACAGUUAUGUUUUCAUUGGCAGCGGUUUUCAUUCUUAAAUAAAAGGUUCGAAUCGAUGAAUGGCCCGAACCGUGGAUGAAAAAACGCCUCUGAAAGUGAAGUCGGGUCUGCGGUCUGGUUGCAAAGUUGGCGCUAUGAACCGGGAUGUGAGUUAAAUUUAAUUGGAAUAUUGGGAAACGCUUUAAUGUAAAGCAUCGGUCUGUAAAACAGGUAACCGAGAGCUGCCUAAAGACCAUUGAGCUGAGAACGAACACCAAUCCGAUGCGAAAAGGCGAAAGAUUUCUGAGCCAGGCGGUGUCUUUGUUUUGGAUUCUGCGCGCUCUCUUAUUCCCGCAGUCUUUUCUUUUCAGUAAAUAAUAAAAAGCUAAAAAAUAUUUUGGUGUUCACCAAAAGCCUAAUAUCCCGUGUUUAUUUUUAGAUGUACCUGAUCACCAGCUUACUUCCUUCACAAGGAGAUCAGCCAGCCCUCAUCAAUCGUGUCUUGCCCAAAGAAUUGCUUUUAAGGUAAAAAAAGGGACCUCUGAUUAAAUAAAUUCCUGUCAUCUUCAGAAUAUUCUCUUAUCUGGACAUUGUGACAUUAUGCAAAUGCGCUCAAGUGUGCCGCGUAUGGAAUCGAUUAGCCAUGGAUGGCAGCAAUUGGCAACAAGUCGACCUGUUUGACUUCCAAAAAGAUAUCAAAGUAAGUCCCAAGGCCUUCGGCUUCAUAGAUUUGCUAGCGUAACCAUAAAGUAAAAAACAAAUUAUCACAUCAUUUCCAGGCUUCUGUGGUUGAAAGCCUCGCCCUCAGAUGUGGCGGCUUUUUGAAGGAACUCAGCUUGAAAGGGUGCGAGAAUGUCCAAGAUUCCGCGAUGAGAUCUUUCGCUGCCAAGUGUCCAAACAUCGAGGCCCUUGUGUUAAGUAAAUGCAAAUAUAUCACCGACGCGUAAGAGAUCCUUGAGAAGACUUAUCUCUAUUUGCAGUACGAGUGAUUAUUUGGGAAGAUAUUGUCAUAAGAUCAGUUAUCUGGACCUAGAGAAUUGCACGGCAAUAACAGAUCGAUCACUCAAAGCAUUAAGGUAAUCACAAUCUCAAGUUACAAAACAAUCAAUAACUCCUUUAGUGAGGGGUGCCACCGCCUAACUGAGUUGAACAUCAGUUGGUGUAUCAAUGUAUCAGACGACGGCAUUCGGCAUGUUCUUGAAAAUUGUCCAAAUCUUGAGACUUUGAUCUGCAAAGGGUGUCGAGGGGUAAGUCUCAGACCAAAGUUUGCUAAUCACUUGUCUAUAGCUGUCUCCUAAUUGCUUCGAUGACUUGAAAGACAAGAUGAACAGUAUAAAGACAUUGAAUUUGCUGUCCUGUGUCUUUCUGAAUGAUGUAACUGUAGAAGCGAUUGCUCAAUCAUGCCCUCUUCUCGAAUAUCUAUGUUUAUCCAAUUGUUCUGAUAUCACGGACCGAUCUUUGCAAGCGCUUUCACAUGGCUGCCCUCUUCUGAAAGACCUCGAGCUGGCCUCGUGCGUUAAUCUGACUGACGUCGGUUUCAUUGGACUGUCCAAAAAUUGUCAUGAAUUGGAACGAAUGGAUCUCGAGGAUUGCGUACAGAUUACUGAUACUGCCAUCGUUAAUCUGAACAGUGGAUGUCCGAAUCUGAAUUCCCUGGCGCUUUCCCAUUGUGAUCAUUUGACGGAUAACGGGUUGGCCGAGUUAUGUCAGAGUCAUAAAGACAUCAUGAAAGUCUUGGAAUUGGAUAAUUGCUCUCAGCUGACUGACGCUGCAUUAGAUUUGAUGAAACCCAUGCAGAAUCUGGAGCGAGUCGACUUGUACGAUUGUCAACACAUAACAAAGGAUGCCAUUAGAAAGUUCAAGGUAAAAUUACUCGCAUUUUACUGGCUUACCGCUUAUCCAAAAUAUUUUUAGCAAGUUCGUCCAGAUGUCGAUGUUCAUGCCUAUUUCGCACCAGCGUCUCCACCAGCCCAAGCGCAGCCACAACGUCGGGGUAUCUGCAAAUGUUGUGCCAUUCUCUGAAUUCUUAUAGUUUCCAUUUGA